CCGCCUCUUUCAUUCGUUAAGAAGAAGGGGAGGAGGAGGCGAAGUCUCGUCGCUAUUUUUGGAGUUCGCCAUCCGCAUUCCCCUGGCUACUGCGGCCCAGAGCGAACGAACGCCACCACACACACACACGGCAGCAGCAGCAGGCAGUAGCAAGCAGACAAUUUUAGCUAACUUUGUUUAUUUUACAAACUUGCCCUUCCCCCCCCCCCCAAAACCUCCCCCCCCCAUCACCUCUCCACCAGCUUUAAAAGAACAACUUCCAUCGUAUUCGGUGGUUGGAGCGGUUACGUUGGUUGGGCGCACUUUGUACUCUUUGAAAAUCGUGAACCACCACCAUCAUCAUCAUCUUCACCAUCAUCGGAGUUGGGAUUUAUCGGCGCCCGCUUGGCUGACGAACAUCGCUAGCGUGAGAGAGAGAGACAUCUUUGACACUCGCAGGCCUCCCGAGGAGAACAAAACAAAACAACAACGUUCAUUCCGGUUGCUUCGCCCGUCCGUCAACAGCCUGCAUUGACCAGCGUGGUGAAGUAUGUCUGAGCGACCACCCUACGACCGGCACGGCGCGACGGGGGGGGGGGGGAACUCAUCCAGCAGUGGAUAAGCAAUGUGGAUCGGUCGUCCGCUCACGGGCAAGUUGGGACAAAUGUUCCUCACGAGCAAUGCUCUUUUGUAGGCUUGUACAAAAGCACGUGUGUUUGCGUCGGUUUUGUUUUGUUUUAAAUGUGCGGUCGUGAAUUAAAUGAUAACGCGCAGCGCUUUUAUUCAAGUUCCACCGCUGGAUGAAUUACACCCGUGUGUUUUAGUGUUGGGUUUCAUGUGUUCCGGUUUUUAAAAAAUAUAUAUAUACACACAACCAACAACAUGAAAGUGUCGUCUGUGACCACGAAUUACAGCGCAACUUCAGAAUCUCGGAUGCUAAAAAGCAUUCUGUUGAGCCUGAUUGAGAGCUUGUUGGAUGGGGGUAAACCACCGUGCAUAAAAGGUGUUACAGGCUGCAGAGUGGCCGUGAUGGUUUUGGUUUCGUGUAAGUGUAACAACGCGUGCAUUGACCAUUGUCCUGUGCCCCUCCCCUCCCCACCUUGCACGUGCUCUUCCACCUUCGCCAAACUUACAUUGAUGGCCAACGUGGUGAAGUGUGAUCAAUAAAUCCCUCCACGUGACCUGCACGACGCGUGGAGGCCGUCGUCCGGCAGUGGAUUGACAAUAAGGGUUGUGUGACAUGCAGCAUACCGUGUUCGUAUUUGCACAGGGAGAGAUUUCAGUGUUUCAGUUUCAUUUAUUUGGUUAUUGCCCCCUUGUGAGCCAUUCGGCUCUUGAAUCGGGUGCAACCGCAACAAACAAAAAAAUCCAAAGCAGGAACAAGAAAACAUCUUAAAGUGACUAUGUGCAAAACAGAAAAAAUCCAGGAAAAUCCAUCUAUCGAUAAGGCCACUGAAGUCUUCUUAAUGGCUGAGUCGGUAAUUGAUUAAAACAGGUGACUUCUGGCCGGGAAAGCGCUUGAGAUCGGUGGGAGACAUUGUUGGGGGUAGGUGUUGAAUUCAAAUGUUACUUACUCUGCGUCUUCCGCAUAUUUUGCUUGGGGACCUUCUACAACGUUGACUGUUCAAGUUGCACCCAAUACAUUUGUCUUGUGGUGCUGCGUUGGACAUGGCGCAAUAAGCAUGAAUUGUAAUCGCCCAUGGCACGUCGCUCACCGCCUUAGAAGGAAGCGAUAUAGGCGACGUUUCGGGCUAUGACCCUUCAUUGGUAUCAACCACACUUGUUUACCCAGGAAAGCCUCGCUGCGUCUCAACACUCAGAAGGACCCUAUCAAGUUUUUGUAGGAAGGGGCAUGGACAAUAAUAAGGAUUACUUUUCUUCUGCCGAUUCGAGUAAUUGUCAAGAUUCAGGGUCGCGAUUCGGUUUAAGAAUCCGUUCUCUUUCGUCUCGUUUUCAUCGUUAUUUUUUUACUCUAUUAAUGCCUGUGCAUAUAGUGCACACAGUUGCAUGCUGUAUAUUGUCAAUAGAAUGCACAUAGAUUAAUUACCUAUGUGCACUUUUCAAUUCUCUUUAAUGGCAAAUGUUAUCAUUGACGAAUGCGAGCAGCGGUAGGACUACCGCAGGGCGCAGAUUAUUUGGCUAAUCAUCACUGAUGUCUAUUGUUUAAUAUUUUUAAAAAUAAUUUGUGCGUACACAUAUUUAGCCCUUUUUUUCAAUCACUUUAGGAUUCAGGGCCAUUUGUUUGAAUUAAAUCUCAAUCCCAAAUCGUGACUACUGUAUUUAUCAAAUCACUGGUAGCAGUAGGGUUAUUCGUUAUAUUGUCUCUUAAGAGGAUUUCUUCCCACCAGCAAAUGCAUUCACAUUUUCUAAUCAUUGGUUUUGUGAAACAAUGGUGUCUCAAAUGCAAAUGCAUUUUGGUGGCAAAUGAAAACUGCGCAUUGUAACUGUUAAAACUUAUGUUGGUGUCCAAUGAACAUAUUGCACACCCCAUCAGGAUGGCGUGUGCAGUGGCCACCCCAUUGCUGGAGCCGAGCGGGGACUUCCCGGCGUGGCUGGAGGCGCAGGGUGUGAACGAGGAGGUGGCCCGGGCCAUGGACUCCGAGCUGGGCAUCCGGGACUACGGGGUCCUGCGCGCCUGCGUCAGGGAUGGCCUCGUGCGGGCCGAGCUGCUGUCCACGGCGCGCGACCGCCUGCCCUUUGGCUUCUACGCCGUGCUGCGGCAGGUGGUGAAGGUCCUGCAGGGCGCCGAGCCCCACGACCCUGAGACGCCGCACUGGGACGCUGCCACCGGCGCCCCCUCCUAUCCGGGCGACGUGACGCUGGGAGGCCUUGUGGAUGUGCUCCGCACACUGUUCAGUGGCUUGAGCCGGGAGCUGCAGAUGUGUGUGCAGAGGCUGGGAGGCAUGGAUGGAAAUGAAGUGUGCACCGAGUAUUCCCCUUCACCUACUACGGCAGUCACCCUGGAGGACGGUGCAAUGCAUGAAAUUGAUGAUUGCAACAUCACUGAUGAGGUUGGAGAGAACCAAAACUCGGAAAGAGAAGAGGAUGGCCCCAGCGAGAUAUUGCACACGAUUAAAACGGAGCACUUCAGAGGUGAUGUAGGACUCGCCAUCACAGGCGUGCUGUCGCUCGUCGAGAGAAAAUCAAACUUAGAACACGUUAAGGAAGAUCCACAGAUCCACCAGCAGCAGCUGGAGCAGCAGGCUGGUGACGAAAUACAAAUCAACGCCGACGCUGAAGAAAUGUCUUCAUGCAAAGUGAACACGCACAUGCCAGCUGAUACACAACACACUUCUGAAAGCCAGGAGAACCUGAAUCAUAAUUUUACUCCCUUGAAUGACAAGGAUAUGCCGUUAGAGCUCCAGCAUGAUGAACCGAAAUCUUCAAGAUCUAGUUCGAUGAGAAACGUGAAUGAAAAAUCCGAAAAGAAGCCCUUUGAGUGCACAGUGUGCAACAAGAAGUUCUCACGGAAAUACCAAUUCCUGACCCACCAGCGUGUGCACACGGGUGAGGAGAAGAUGAUUCACUCCAUGUGCGACCUUUCUUAUCCCCAGUCUUCCGAAUUUGGGUCCCAUGAGCAGACGCAUGAGGAGGAGGAGGAUGAAGAGGGAGAGGAGACGCACCCAUGCAAGUUCUGUGAUCAAAGCUUCGCAUACAAAUCGAUGCUCACGGACCACAUGCAUUUGCACUCGGAGUGGAGGCCCUACCAGUGCAAGAUUUGCGACAGCAGCUUCUUCCGUAAUGAUCACUUGCAAAUGCACGUGCGCACGCACACAGGCUUACGGCCGUAUCAGUGCAAGGUGUGCACGAGAAGUUUUAUGCGUAGUCAUCAUUUAAAGGUUCACGAGCGCACGCACACAGGCUUGAGACCUUACCAGUGCAAGACGUGCAAUGCGACCUUCAUAUGUAGUCACCACUUAAAAGUCCACGAGCGCAAGCACUGUGGACCGUGAUGGCAAUUUGAACAAAGUGUGUCAAAUUAUUUAGUUUCUUGAGUACCAGCCCCUGUGGCGUAGGUGUGGAUGGCACAGGCCCAUAGUGAAAGAAGAGAAAUGGGAACCUUUGUCUCAAUCACCCUUCCCUCUUUGUAGCCUCAAACCUCUGGGUCCUUUCUGCCCCGUUGGCCCUUGUGCAGUUGCACCGCCUGCACACUGCAAAGCUAUUCCUCUGACAACCCUUAAGAAUUGAGCCCAUUUGUCAGCCGAUGCAGUUUUAUUUUCAUAAAUAAAUUUGAGUCCACAUCCUCCCUCACAUCAUAUAUUGAUGUUCCGGGUGUUGGUUCUUGGGGCAUCAGCGGUAUCAGGCAUAACUCCCACAGUGAACUCUUCCGAGCAGGUGGUGGGAGGAGGGGGGAUUUUCUCUGGGCGGGGAGUGAGUGUUAGCUGGACAUUACCAUUCUGGGUUCAUUCUGGGUUUUUCCGUUUGAGCUUCUAGCUCUCAUUCUACAGGAUCUAGAUUGGGCCUAAUUAAUUCAGCCAUUGAGUAUGGGAGGGGAGUUUGAUUAUUUCACGUACUCAAUAUGGUUUUCCUGGCCCGAUGUAUGGAAAGUCCUGAACAAAGCUUUCAAUGCUCAGGUCAGCCCCGCUUAGGCUCGACAGGGUAGUUUCCAUACUGAUAUUGACAAGAUGUAUUAUUCUUAUUGAAAACUACCAUGAUAUGUUGAUAGAGCUCGGCAAUAGUCGGACAUGACCGUAAAGCACGUUUGUAAUUGUGUAAUAUAUCUUGGGGGGGGGGGGGUAGUUCGGACAUGAGGCUGCACCAAACUUGGCCCUCUGGUUGUUUGUAGGCCCCAUGUAAGAGCUUGAAUUGGACAGUUCUCAGGUGGAAGGAUUUGGCCCUUUGGGAGA